UAGAAACAAGAUGGCUGUUAUACUUAUUUAGUAUAAGAUGUUACUCUUAGUAGAGUAAAAUUAGUUGCAAGAAUGAUACUGUUUAACGCACAUUUAUGGUAGUUUUUUGAGCACGCAAUGGAAGGAUUGCAUUUAUUUAAACACUGGAAGCAGCAGUGUUUACAUAAAAUAGAUUUCAGUAAAAAAGGGAGUGUUGAUGAAGACAUAGUAAACAUUGUGAAUUUUAUCAAUGGAGCAGAUAAUUUUUUUACAACCAGUUCCUGUUCUGGACGUAUUAUACUAGUAGACGGGAGUUGUGAGAGCACUGAAGUGCAGAAGCAAAACUGCAGUUGGCUUUAUGUUUCUCAUCAGAAGUGCCAAAAACACGAGCUGAUUGCAGGAUUACAGAAAACCAGCGGAGGGGCAGUUUUGAAAUUUGAGCCAUUUGUGCUGCAUGUCCAGUGCAGGAGGCUAGAAGAUGCACAGCUGUUGCACUCAGUUGCUAUCAACUCAGGCUUCAGAAACUCUGGGAUUACUGUUGGCAAGAAAGGAAAAAUCAUGAUGGCUGUACGGAGCACUCAUUGUUUAGAAGUUCCGCUGAGCCAUAGAGGUAAACUGCUUGUGACUGAUGAGUAUAUUGGUCAUCUGGUACAAGUGGCGAAUCAAAAGAUGGAUGAAAAUAAGAAAAGGAUUGACAGAUUCUACAGUUGUCUACAGUCUGUAUUGACAGUUGCAGAACCUACUGGUAAUCUUUCCACAGUAGUGGAGAACCAAUCAGUAUAUACUCACAGAAGGAAAAGAAAUAAAGAACAGGAUGUCUGCAAGGGUAAUUCCCAAGACAAAGAGGCAGAAAUACAAAGUGAUGACGAUCCAGAAAUUGGUCUUAGUCCUUUACUGAAUGACACGUGAUGUAAAUAAAGUGCAGAACUUCACAUUUACCUUCUUGUUUGCUUUGUAACAUUCAGUUAAGAUGUGAUGACAUUUUGCAGAGAUUGCACCCUGGAAGAUAUGAAUAAAAUUUCUUUAGUCAA